UCAAGGUUCUCUGUGUAACUUUGGGUCAUUGUUUCCUCUCAGCAGCGUUUUGUCCUGAUCGCAGCUCCAUAGUUGACUCGCUGCAACUUUAUUGUUUUUUCAACAGCGGACAGCGACGAACAAGGGUCUGACGCUGCUGCCUUUGAAAUGGCGUCGGUGCAGUCAAAUAACGCCGUUACUGGUCGUUGUUGAGCUCGUGUAGGUCGCUCCAGGUGGUGGUUUCCUGCUCCAGUGUGAACCUUUGCCUCUGGCAUUUAUAUUCGGCCAUUAUAGAGUUGAUAAACAAAAAUGUGGUGAAGCAAAUUGUCAACAAUUGACGUUGCAUAAUAAGGCCGCAGCUAACCCCGGGCUUGCGUAGGGAUUACAGCGGCUUUUGAAUGCUUGGCCCUGCCGCAGCUCGAUGUCGGUUUCCUGGUGAAUCCUGGUGGACAUGUGUAGUUAAAACAGGAAUCUGGAGCUGAAGUGUCCGGUUUAUAGUUCAGAUUUAUAGUAACAUUACCAUACAUUAUGAAUUAAGUCCCUAGAUUGUUAAACAGCCCUCACUAUCUUGAUUAAAAUUUGAAAUCCUCAUAGAAAUAAUAAUUGAUUGUUAGUUCACACACACACACUCAAUAUGGCAUCAGUGCCAGUGUACUGCUUGUGUCGCCUACCAUAUGAUGUGACACGCUUCAUGAUCGAGUGUGACAUUUGUCAAGACUGGUUCCAUGGAAGCUGUGUUGGAGUUGAGGAGGACAAAGCAGCUGAGAUUGACCUGUAUCACUGUCCCAACUGUCAGGUCACCCAUGGGCCAUCUGUCAUGCGCAAACGCCGUGGAGGAAACAAGCAGAUGGAUAGUGGUGCUACUGGAGGAAGAGAUCCAAGUCGGCCCGUUAAGACAGGCAGUCCACAGUUUGUUAGGGAGCUACGGAGCCGCACCUUCCCAAAUGCGGAUGAAGUCUUGUUAAAGCCGACUGGGGCCCAGCUGACGGUGGAGUUUCUAGAAGAGCAUUCAUUCAGUGUACCUGUUAUGGUGCUGAGACGGGAUGGCCUAGGCAUGACCCUUCCCCCAUCGUCAUUCGGCGUCAGUGAUGUAGAGCACUACAUCGGAGCCGACAAAGAGAUUGAUGUGAUAGAUGUGUCACGACAAUGUGACCUGAAGAUGAGGUUGGGAGAAUUUGUUGAAUAUUACAACAGCCCCAACAGAGACAGAGUGCUCAAUGUCAUCAGCCUGGAGUUCUCUGAGACUAGGCUCUCAAACUUGGUGGAGACUCCAAAGAUUGUGAGGAAACUGUCAUGGGUGGAAAACCUCUGGCCUGAGGAGUCUGUGUUCGAACGCCCCAAUGUGCAGAAGUACUGCCUAAUGGGAGUGAAAGAUAGCUACACAGACUUUCACAUUGACUUUGGGGGAACCUCAGUAUGGUACCAUGUCCUGAGGGGUGAGAAAAUCUUCUACCUAAUUUCCCCCACUCCUGCCAACCUAGCGCUUUUUGAGCGGUGGAGUUCUUCAUCUAACCAGAAUGAGAUGUUCUUUGGAGACCAGGUUGAUAUGUGCUAUAAGUGUUCUGUUAAACAAGGCAACACGUUGUUCAUACCAACAGGGUGGAUUCAUUCUGUCCUGACUCCAGUGGACUGCCUGGCCUUUGGAGGAAACUUCUUGCACAGUCUUAACAUUGACAUGCAGCUCCGAGCCUAUGAAAUAGAAAAGAGAUUAAGCACAGCAGAUUUGUUCAGAUUUCCCAACUUUGAGACUGUGUGCUGGUAUGUGGGAAAGCAUCUUCUUGAUACCUUCAGAGGUUUGAGAGAAAAUCGUAGACACCCAGCCACAUAUCUGGUUCAUGGAGCUAAGGCCCUGAACAAUGCCUUCCGCGGCUGGACCCGAAAAGAGGCUUUAGCAGAUCAUGACGUUGAGAUUCCAGAAACAAUCAACACUCAGACGCUAGUGAAGGACCUGGCCAAGGAGAUUCGUCUGGUUGAGGAUAUCUUCCAGCAAAACAUUGGUCGCACUGGACCUCAGUUUCCUGGUUCGCCACUCUCGAAAGCUCCCCUGACCACCUCUCAGAAUUCAGGACGCCCCCCUGGAAAAAAGAAAGCACCCAAGCCUAAAGAAGUGAUUGGGGGCAUUGGACCCCCAGGAACCAAGAAGAAGAGUCAGAAGGGGCUGCUUAAGGCAGAAGCAGGAGAACUUGACCUCAUUGAGAUCCACACCAAACAUACACUCAAGAAGUUUCACCCUGGCAAGUCCAAAAACAAGAACAAGCUGGAUUUGCCAUUAGAAGAACUUGAAGGGAAGCUAAACAAAAGCAAACUAAAACUUGUGCUGACCAAUGGAAAAAUCCAAGGUAAGAAGGAUGGCAGUAAUGGUGCAGGAGGUGCUGGGAAGUUCAAACAUCUUGCCAUGGAGGGAUCCAGUCUGUCUGACCUUGAGUCUGAGGAUGAGCUGCAGAUUGAUGAGACUCCACCUCCACGUCGCAAACCUGCAGGACCCAGCAAGAAAAAGAAACUAAGCGGUCUUCCUAGAAAGCUGCCCAGAGCCAAACCGUGCUCUGACCCCAAUCGCAUCAGAGAGCCUGGAGAAGUAGACUUUGACAUUGAGGAGGAUUACACCACAGAUGAAGAGGCACUGGCUGCUCAUGGAGUGAAGGGUGGCGCAGGGGGCAUUCUGGACUUAUUGAAGGCCAGCAAGCAAGUAGCAGGCUUGGACUCUGCAGCUCUUAGUGAGGAAGCCCCAGCCUCUCCAAGUACGCGUGAUGCCAUUCAGGGUAUGCUCUCCAUGGCCAAUCCUCCAUCCUCGUCUUCAUCUUCCUCCUCUUCAUCUCCCUUAUCUAUCUCUGGAGGCCUGACAGAGGGAUUGGGGGUGGUCAAGGAAAAGGGCGGCAGGGCUGUGUGGGUGACCGGAGGGGUCAAAAAGACAGGAAUUCCUGAGAAGAAACCUGUCAUCCAGCGGCCUGGAAAACGGCCAAUUAAACGUCCAGCCCGUCACUUUAGUGAUGAGGAGAGUCCAGAUGAGCAAGAAACUCUGGGAACGUGUUUUAAAGAUUCAGACUAUGUUUACCCAUCCUUGGAGUCUGAUGAGGAGGACCAUGCCAACAAGGCUAAGACAAAGCGCAAGAAAAACUGGGAUGAUACACCUUGGAGCCCUAAAGCCAGAGUGAUGCCCACCCUUCCCAAGCAGGAACGGCCAGCCAGGGAAGGGGCUAGAGUUGCAUCUGUAGAAACUGGUCUUGCCGCUGCUGCUGCCAAGCUGGCACAACAAGAACAGCAAAAGCCUGCUAAAAGGAAGUACAGCAAAAAACAGCGUCCUCCUGCUCCAGUAGUUGCUCCUCUCCCUGUUCAGACUGAGCCAGCCCCACCCUCCCCAUCACCUGCUCCAGAGUCUGGAGGAGACUUCAGCCCAGAAAGGAGAAUGGAUUACUACUCUGCUAGUCUGAUGGACCAUGAAUACACAGCAGGACCAGGACCUUAUGGCCCUGGAGGCCCUAGAGGAAGCGGAGCCAUGGCUCCUGGUGUGUUCCUCACAUCUCGACGCCCUUCCCUAUCUCCGCAGAACAGCAGCUCUCACUCUGGUGCGUCCCCUGCAGGUUUGGCCAGCCAAGGCACGACAGGAGUUGGUCAAGGGAAACGCCCAAAGAAAGGACUUGCUACUGCAAAACAGAGACUUGGAAAGAUUUUGAAAAUUCAUCGCAACGGCAAACUUCUCUUGUGAGAGAUUGUGGAAAUGAGGGCAUCAAGAGAAGUGUUUUUGUGGAAGUAGGUCUGAAGGAAAUAGAAAUAGUAAUCUAUAUUUUCUACUCUAGAUAAAUUUGUUUACUGGUUUCACCUGUUAAUUGAACCCCACUAUAUCAUGUCCUACACCAAGUAUACAGCCCAAUUAGCAGUAGUCUGUUUUGGCACAUCACCUACCAAUAUCUUCACAAAUAUAUUUUCAGAGGCACAUCUGUUACUUAAAACAGAUCAAUGUAAUGCCCUAGAUAUACAUUCACUCUGGUAAAUAACUUUUAAUGGUUGUAUAUUGGACAACAGGAAAUUGUGGAAAGUGUUUCAAAAUGACAGGUGGACAGUGAUUUAACUAGCUAGAUUAACUAGCAUAAUAAAUCAAGGUUUCUUUUGCUUAUAUCUUUUGCCAUUUGUAGAGGCUGUAUUUAUGCAAAUACAUUCUACUGUCCAUCUUAAUUUUUUUUAAAGGGAAAGAAAAACAACACAUUGUCUAGUCAGGUAAAAAUGACCCCGAUCCCACAAAAACAAUGACAGUCAUGCAGUUGUAAUAUUAUAUUUACUUAAUUUUACCUCAUAAACCCAACGCAUGGUAAGCCAACCACAGCAUGCUAACCUUUACAAACAAUAAACAAACCUAAUAUGCACUUGGUCAGCACUCAAUAUGGAACAUGAAUUAAUUUUACAAAUUUCUCACUGGCCCUGCUCAGACCCGGUAUUAACAUUGAUCCUGAGAGAUCCAAUCAAAAGAGUGUAUGUGUCCUAAUUUUUUUUCCUUUUACCACCUGUGAUCAGAUCUCACUUCCAUGCUCUGUAUGCAAAUACAAAUGUACGUCAUUUAAGCUCACUAACACCAAACCAUGCUGCUUCUAGCCAGUCUGGGUGGCCCAGGACACAUUUGUGUUCCCACAGCUAACAGAAUGUGGCCACAUUGUCCCAGACCACUUCCAAAUGUGGUCUGAAUGACAGGGUCUCAAAUGUGUUCUUUCACACCUGUACUAAAAGCUGUCCACUUGUAAUCGUAUCACUCAGGACAAACAUUAAUACCCGGUCUGAAUGGGGUCACUGUUGUUUGUAUACUAACAAAUUAUCCUCCACUGUUUUACACUUAAAAUAUUCAGUUGUCAAUGUGAUGCCAAGAGUAACAUACAGUUCUAUUUAUUCUGAUCAUAUUUAUAAAGACAAUGCUAUACCACCUACUAGCCUGUUUUAAUGUCAAAUGUUUUUACCACCUCAUCUUUUUGUUCCCCACUUUGGUUAAUUUCGACCACUUAAUACCUGUACAAAUGCAAUCCCUGACUUUGUUACAAUUUUUUACAGUUUAAGUUGUCAUUGUAAAUACUUGUAAUAUUUGUAAUUUAUAUAGCGACAUUGGAAAAGCUGAAGAGACUAGUCUGCUGCAGGUUGCCAUAAUCCGUGCCCCCAGUGUUGGCAGUACUCUUGGACCAGACAUAGACAUGUGCUUUCUUUCCACAGAAUGUACUAGUGAUAACAUGUUGGCAGAAAUAUAGAUUUAACUGUGUGAAAACAUUGUGAAGGUGCAAAAUAUAAAUUCACAUGUAAAUAUAUGUUGUAAUUUAAGUUCUUUUAUAGCUCAAACAGUUUGAAAUCUUUCUUAACAUAACUUGUACAUGAUACAUUGCUGUAUUUGGAAAAUAUCUGAAAUAGUUCAUUUUUUAUAUUUGUAUGCAGUAAUUGUAAUGCUUAGUUUGUUAUGUCUUGUUAGUAUAAUAUUGGAAGUGUCCUGGAAAAAAAUGCCCUUGUUAAAUUUCAUCAAUUUAGUUUUAUAUUAAUUGUCAAUGUUCACUCUUGUGUUGGUGUGUACUUUGUGUUUUACACGUGUUUAAAUACGACAUGGAAAAGAUAAAAUACACGAUGGGCAAAAUUUUCUUUUUUCAUUCAUUUUAUUCGAGGAACACCAAGUCACAAGAAGUGUGAUUUGUGGGCCAAAUGAAUAUUACACAUCACUCUACUAGAGAACCCAGUUUUUACCUUUCCUGCAAAUGUGAUGACUGGGGACGUCAAACAGAUACAACAAAUAUUAUUGUGUUGUAUUUAACAGAUACAGUUAAUUCCAUCCACUGAAAGUAUGAUAGCUGUUGACUACAGUUUUUCUCAGGGUUUUUUGUAUGAAUUACUGUGCUAUUAUUUUCACAUAAACCAUCUAAACAUUGCUCUUCUAAAUACAUCUAAAUAAGCAUUUGUUAUUA